CCACAGUCGCCGCGGCCGCGGCCCGUGCUGGGGGGAGCGGCAUGGAGGGAACCGCGGCGCUGCUGGCCCGCUGCCCCGCCGGCGGGCUGGGCGUCACCGUCUGCGCCGCCGCUGCCGGGCUGCUGCUCUACCGCAUUGCGCGGAGGAAGAAGCCCACACACGUGACAGUGAACUGCUGGUUCUGCAACCAGGACACGGUAGUGCCAUAUGGGAAUCGCAACUGCUGGGAUUGCCCCAACUGUGAGCAGUACAACGGGUUCCAAGAGAAUGGAGACUACAACAAGCCCAUCCCAGCUCAGUACCUGGAACACCUUAACCAUGUUGUAUCAGGUGGUACGACUUUCUGUGAUCCUACCAAACCACAGCAGUGGGUGAGCAGCCAAGUUCUGCUUUGCAAGAAGUGCAACAACCAUCAGACCACGAAGAUCAAACAGCUGGCUUCAUUCUCACCAAGGGAGGAGGGCAAAUAUGAUGAGGAGAUUGAGGUGUAUAAGCAUCAUCUAGAACAGACCUACAAGCUGUGCCGUCCAUGCCAGGCUGCGGUGGAGUAUUACAUAAAACAUCAGAACCGGCAGCUCCGGGCACUGCUGCUCAACCACCACUUCAAACGCCGUGAGACAGACAAGAACUAUACUCAGAAUUUAUGUUCAUCAUCCUCUUCUGCUUCCAUUACGACACCGACUCAGGUGAUAUUUCUGCGGUUCUUGGCCUUCCUCAGCUGCGCGUUCCUGGUUCUGAUGGCCGUGUAUGGAUCAGGUGACCCCUUCUCACUCAGUGCUGCAGUCCCUGCUCCGGUCUCCUCCGGUCCAGCGUCUGUUUGGAACAGGACUGACACAAGCUCACAUGCAGGCUUGGCCAAUGACACUUCCGUGGUGGUGGCAAGCUGGCGGGAGCUGCUCCGCCUGCUGCCGAAGCAGGUGGUGGAGAACCUGAGUGCUGCAUGGGCUUAUGGGAAGAAUCAUCAGAUGGCAGUCGCUGUCCUUGGGCUCUUCACCUGCCUGCUGGCCAUGUUCCUGGCUGGGUGGAUCAGGCUCCGGAGGAUCGAUGCAUUUGCUUCAGUCUUGUGGUUCGUAGUGAUGACUCUGCAUUUAGCUGAGAGGUACCUGAAGACAGAAACACCCAACUGGCUUGACACAGCCAAAUUUGGCACCACGUCCUUGUGCUGCUUGGUGGGCUUCACCGCAGCAGUGGCCACGCGGAAAUCAACGGGCCAUCGGAGACUCCGGCCCCGAAGGUACCUUUCUGGGGAUUCCAUUACUCUCUUUCCCACUGGCUCUGGGACUGGCUUCCCUUCCUCUGCUACGUCCCUCUUUGUCCCAACACCACCCAGUAUUCUCCAGCUGACAGCCCAACAGCUCUUCAGAUCUCCACACAGAACUUCUUCUUCCUCUCUUCCCGGCCGUCUCAACAGGGCACUCUCACUGGGUACCAUCCCCUCCUUGGCCAGAGCAGAUUCUGGCUAUUUAUUCAGUGGAAGUCGACCAGCCUCACAGUCCUCUCAAUGCAAGGAAUCUCCCACAUCAGAGCACUUCUCCCUGCUGUCAGGCAGCUCUGCUCCCUCCCGCAUCCCCUCCCCGGCACCGUCGGUCGCUGGCUCUGUGACUUCCAGCUCGGGUUCCCUGCGGUACCGCCGGCCACUCAUCAGCCCUGCCCGCCUCAACCUCAAAGGACAGAAGUUGCUGCUUUUCCCAUCACAGAAUGAGGCACUGCUCACCCCAACCAGCUCAGAGGAGCACACCCACUCAGACAGCAACAUCUUUGCCACCGAGUUUUCCUCCUUUCCGAAGAAGAACCUCAGGGAGCGGGGAAUGCACGAUAUGAGAUUUGCUGUGGAAGGAGGAAGUAUUUGCAGUGAUAAUUCCAUCAAAAAGGAGGAUCACUCAUCACACUCAUCUACCUGUGUGGUAGACACAACUACCAAAGGGGAAGAUUUGGCAGGCUGGAGAGGUCACUUUGGCAGCUCUGCUCUCCGAGGUCUGCUGGCCCUGAGCCUGACUCUCAAUGCCAUCUUCACAUCAGCCUAUGUCUACCGGAGCCUGCGUUGAUUUGAACCAACACUCCUUUGCUUCCUGGUCCCACCCGCUUCUGAGGAGAUGAGAAUUCAACCACAGCUUCACACCUGAUGGCUGUGCCACUGGUACAUGGUGGUUUCUGACAAAACUACUGUAUACUCAGCUGUUAGCACAAGGAACCCAGGAGUCUGCUGCCAUCCCUUCCAGGUAGAACAUUUCACAGGAUUGUCCCUGGAUGUGACAGGCAGAAUUCCCAGAAAGCUCCAGUUGAAAGCAAGAAGCCAGUCAAACACCCCCUCGCUUUCUUUCCAAGGAGCUCACCUCAGACACAAGCCUGAACAUGUGUAAGCUACGUUUGGAGAAACCUGUCCCAACUCUUCUUUCUGACAUAUUAACCUCAUGCUGUGCUGCUGGUAAAAUGAGGAGAAUUAGAACAAAUGAGCUGGAGAAGAGGGAUGGCUUAGGAACUGAUGCUGGGCUUCGGCUGCUGUAACAGUAUUCCCAGUGGCUCCUCUUUUCCCUUUGACUCUCUCCUCUAAAUUAUCAGUGAAUUUUCUUUAGUUGCCUUAAGCUUGCCUAAGCACAUAGGUGACCUUGGCUGCUCUGUCAUAUUCUUGCAUCUUUUAUGUCCAUGUGCUUUCACCUGGGCUGUGCCCUGAGGCCACUUCGACCAGUUGCUGUUGUGGUUGUGCUGGUUCUCAGAAACUGUAUAUAUUCCAACUAGCACUGCUGCUGUAGGUAUGCACAAAUCCUGGACAGACAUCCUUUUGUGCUUUGCUUUACCCAGGAGGCAUUAAUUCUGUGACAAUUAAUUCUGUAAUAAGAAAGGAUCCCCAUGUGAUUUGCACCAUAGUCAAAGGGCUUCAUCUCCCAGCUCUGAUUGCUGAUGUGUUGACUGCAGCAGCCAGUGGCUCGGCUUGUUCUUGCUGUACAUCGCACAAAUCCUGUUCUGUUAGGAGAUGCCUAAGGAGCUGUCUGAUUCUAUGUAUUUCUCCACAAACCUGACACCUCAAUCUGAUAUUGGGAUUUGCUGAGUAACCAUUUCAACUAUUUCUUAGUUAAAUGCCAAGGUGCUGUCAAUGAGAAACACCAAACCUGCUUCUGGACAAUUCUGCCUUCUGAAUAGACUCCUCUUCUGUAACCCAACAGAAGUAGCCCAAGAGUUUAAAAAGCAGUGUAUCAUUUGGGCACUUCUGCUUUUGGGUGAGUCUUCAGCAUUGCUUGCAGUUCAGGGGCCAUUUAGAGCAUUGUGCUGAAUACUCAAAAACAUUUAGUACAUCUUAGGGAAAUAAAAAAUCUUGGUCUUUGUCCUUUGAUUCUUAAAUCCCAAGUGCAGAGAGAAGGUUUACCAGUGUGUCAAGGAUACCUAGUGAAAAGAGAGAUGACUAACAUUAACUAUGUAUUUCCUGAAGCAGGAGUGGCUCAUGAGUUGUUUGUUGUUUCUUCCUUUGGGCUCCCUUACCUCAACCUUCUUUCUUCUUUUCCUCACCCCAUUGCCCCAUGUUUGCAUCUUGAAUUAUGCUUACUGUGUCUUUUCCUCUCUUUCAGUUCUGCUGCUGUUCUCUCUCUUGUACUCUUGCAUGUGCACAGGAACAAAAUGUAUCUCUGCUGAUAAUUCUCUGCUCUGGACCUGAAACUCACACCUCAGAGUUAUGAUCACCAUUCUUUUCACUUCAUUUUCUUUCUUGCAUGUUUGAUUUGAGUUACUAACACAGCCUCACUUAGUGCACCAUGAGUGAUAAUGAGCAUGUUAUAUGACAGGUUAAAUAGGGCUUUACUAGUGGUGAUUCAAGCACUGAAAAAUUCUCUGUCUGUUCCAUUUUUUCCUGCAUGGUUUAGCAGCCUGCUUCCAGCUGCUGCUCCCCACCCUCCCUUGUUAGUGAGACCUCAUCACCUGCUCUGCAUCUUCCAGGCAGAGGACAGGCCUCUGCCCACACAUGCUGAUCUGAGAGACUGUGGAGAUGUCAUUCCUGACUCUGCCUCUUUGCUUCAGCCUCCAUAGAGGGUCAGUAAUGGGCUGCACAGACAGCACCUUGUACAAAGCCUUAGAUCCAGGAUGGAGACCCACAGCAGAAGAAUGUGCUGCAGGCUGACGAUUAAUUCUUCUCUAACCUGCAUGAAUUGUUCCUUGUAGUCCAACUGUUCCCGUAACCUUGCUAUUAAGAGAUUUUUGUCCCUUUUAUAAGCUUCUGCAGGCUCACUUGAGUACCUGCGUGUAAGCAAGAUGCCAGCAGAUCAACUUAACAAGCUUCUAUUUAAACCUUUGCUGUUUGAGUUUGAUGAUGUCCUUGUGCAGUGUGUGACAUCCCAUUCAUGGAUCCUUGUCCUAACUUCCAGUUACCCAGGGGCCUCCUAUGCAGAGACGAGCCUGCCAGAGAAUACUGUGGGUUUGCUUGUCUUUAUGAUGCCAACAGAUGUGCACUGUGACUUCAUGUAUGCAAACUUCCCACUUCCACCUCCCAGUCUGUGCUGAGUUUUACCAUCAUGCUCACCCAGAGUCCAUGUUGGUCUCUACCAGAUUGCAAUACAAAAUUUUCUUCUCCUUUCUGGCAACCCAGGAGCUGCAGCCUCUCAACACACCUCUUCUUGCCUGUAUUCCAGAACACUUCAACCUGUCACCAUACUUCUGAAUCUGCUCCCUGAAACUGUUGAUGGAAGGGUAUUUUGCUCACCUUGUCCAAAGCAAUAUAAAGACUUUGGAUUUUAUUGCUGAAGAGGAAAGACCACCAACUUUUUCAUUCUGGUGCUAGAACACUCUCCAGUGGUGCUUUCACAGUUGUGAAGCCUUUGCUUGAAUAGUGCACACGAGUGUAUAUAUAUAUGUGUGUGUGUGUGUGCAUGUACAUGCAGAUAUAUCAAAACACUUGGAGGGUUUCUUCAUUUCAAGUAACUUGAGCCCAUAUUUGUCUCUAUAUUGUUAGCCUUAAUCUAGCUCUUAAAUACUGUGUCUAUCUUGCUGCUCUUUCCUGUAUGAAGCUGGUUUGGAGGAAACAAAAGAUUAUCUGGUCCCCCUGUAAAGGUCUUCGUGGCUGAUGCUGUUGAUGUCCAUACAGUGUUGUUCAGGGGUGACAUUUUAUUUUUCUAAUGUUUUUCCUACUGUUAAAACUGUUGGGAGUGUAUGGAAUGGAAAAGAUCUUUACUGAGUGUUCUGGUAAAGAUUCGAGCACUGCUUGAUACUACCAACAAUUAAUGAUCAGGAGGGCUAUGUAAAUGAGAAAAGGUUCCCAAACCUUUUCCAUUACCUGCCUUCCCUUCAAUACACCCUGGUACGUUUUCUUUGGCUCUCAGCUUGUUGGGCACGUUCUGAGACCUUGCAGACACUGUCAGUGAUUUUGCUGUUCCUAAAUUUAAUCUGGUUCCAGUUCCACAGUCUGUGUAGCUUGGCAGGUGUGCCAAAUAUGAUGCACAUAUCUAUUUGAUGGGAUAGAGGGAACUGGUAGAACGAGUUGCUGAUUUCUGAAGGCCAUCAUAUCUUUUUAUGGAGGAUCUUGGGCAUGAAAUUGGUCACUGUGGCAAGGUGGAAAAAAACCCUCAUUGCUGGCAUAUGGAGGCCAGAUUCACUGAAUUUUAGGCUGUGUGCUCAAGCAACAAGUUUGGCCUGUGAAUGUUUUAUUCCCACUCUCUCUCCUUGGGUGAUGGGAGCAUCUGUAAAACGCUGCUGAACUGACUGGGUUCCUUAAAACAGGGCAGCUGGAAUCAACAGCUUCUGUGGCCUGUGGAUGCUGCUACAUUUUCUCUUCCAAGCACCAUUCCUGGAAAUAACUAUGGUCUUAACCUCUCUCACAGACAUUUGUUAGGGUCAGCUUGGCCAAGACUUUAGGGGUUUUUUUUAAAUAUAUGUUGCAUCCAGAAAUGAUCAUCACUGUGUCCUGUGGUGGGAGUAAGGGACAGAGUACUUCUGGAGCGGGUAUCUAGAGAGUGUGAGAAGGACAAUUUUGAGUCCUAAACCUUAUUUCCUGUGAAAGAAAUACUGUAUAUCAUGUGUGUGUACUUGUUUGGGGAGCUCUGACACUGUUCAGUUUAGUGAAAUGCGCUCCAAAGGAGGAGAAGCUGUUCCUCAGAGGUUUUUAGUUCAUGCUUUGUGUUUAAAGAGGAUUAUUUUUCUUUAAAAAAUAAAAAUGAGUAAGUUUUCA